AUGACCCAAACACUGGUAUUUGCUUCCCUCGAAACAGAGCCCGCUGACCCCAUCAUCCAGGUGAUGCAGGCCUACGCUGCCGAUGCUGACCCCAAUAAGAUCGACGUGCUGAUUGGGGUUUACUUUGAUGAAAACGGCAAGUUUGUCACCUACCCUUCAGUGGCUAAGGCCAAAGUGAAGCUCGCUCAAAAUGACCCUGGCCACAACUACCACACGAUGAAAGGGGUCCCUGAAUUUGUGGCUGGUGCUCGUGAAGUGAUCUUUGGUAAGGACAGACUCCAACCGAACCGCAUUGCUUCGCAACAGGCGAUCCUGGGGCUGGGGGCGUUGCACCUGGCGUUCAACGUCAUCACCAAGCAAAUGCAGCGGAAACAGUUCUACGUGGGCGUUCCCACUUGGGGUAACUAUUUCCUGAUGAUCUCUCAUGUUGGGGGUAACCCGCAGAGCUACCAGUACUACGACGAUAAGGCUCACCAAGUCGCCUUCUCCGUUAUCGAAGAAACGAUGAAACAAGCGGAACUGGGGGCGGUUUUCGUUAUGCAAGCCUGUUGCCAUAACCCUACGGGAGCUGACUUGACUCAGGAACAAUGGCAAACUGUGGCUAAGCUCGCUAAGGAGCGCAAUUUGCUCCUCGUCAUCGAUAUCGCCUACCAGGGGUUCCUGAGUGGCAGCACUGAGACUGACGCUUGGCCCGUGCGCUACUUGUUUGACCAAGGGCUCGAGUUCUUUGUGUGCCAGCUGUUCCUGAAGAACAUGGGUUUAUACGGCGAGAGAGUCGGCUGUGUCCACGCCGUCGCCGCGACCCCUGCCGAUGCCGCCGCCAUCGAGCUGAAUCUCAUCGUCAACUUCCGUAGCGAGUGCCUGUUUGCUCCCGCUUGGGGGGCUCGCGUAGCCGCUACUAUCUUCGGUGACGAACAGUUGAAGAAGGAAUGGGCUGACGACGUCGCUGCCAUCACUAACAGACUCCACGGAGUUAGACAACAAAUUUUGGAGUUGUUGACCACCAAGUACAAGACCCCGGGCUACUGGGACCACGUCACCCGCCAGCACGGAUUGUUCUGGCACCUGGGGCUCGAGCCGAAGCAUAUCGAGCGGCUCAGAACUGAGCACCACGUGUACGCCGUGCCCACUGGUAGAGUGAACGUGGCGGGGCUUAACGAAAACAAUGUUGAGUGCUUCUGCCGCGCCGUCGACGAAGUGGUGAGACACUUCUUGUAA